AUGCCAUCGCCAAGAAUAUCUGCCUCUGGGAUGUUGCAACAUAGGAAAGCUUGUGGAACAUACCUUAUUAGCUACUUGGGUAAUCCUGGUCAGGAAUUGUUCUAUAUAGAUGGAAAGUUGGUAGACAAAUAUUUCUUCUGCGAGGCUCUCAGAAUAUAUCAAGCGAACCAUUGCUUCGUCACAAGAAAUAUCAGAAAUCAGUAUUGUGGAUUGGAGAUAUCAUUAGAAGAGUUGCCUACGGAGGUGGGAAGAAAACUUUUACAAAGUGUGGUUCGAGAAGGAUCUAAAAAGCACGAUCUUGAUAAAGCAUCUCCAUUGAAAAGGGAUAAAUAUGCUAAGAACCCAAUAUUAAGCCCCAAAAUUUUGGCCAUGGCAGUGCCAGCAUUCCUUCUUUAUUGUUGCGCCUUGCUUUGCCCAUGCUUUCAAGCAAGAAAAAGGGAACUUGAGCAUACUGUUAUGUCCAAGGAGCCAAAUUCAAUGGACUUGGUUUCGUCUUUGGAAAUGACCUCUGUUUCUGAGAAGAUUCCUGCCAGUCCACUACGAGUGCCGCCUAGUCCUUCAAAAUUUUCCAUGUCUCCAAAACUUAACAGGGGUGGAUCUGUUCAUCUUUCUAUGAGCCAAGUUGCCAGAGCAACACAUGAUUUCUCGCGAUCACAGAUAAUAGGUGAAGGUGGUUUUGGAGCUGUCUACAAGGCCGAGCUACCAGAUGGCCAGAUCGUUGCCAUUAAACGGGCAAAAAAGAAGGAACACUUUGAAGGGCUGCGGACUGAAUUUAAGAGUGAAGUCGAACUUCUGGCUAAAAUUGAUCAUCGGAAUCUAGUCAAGCUGCUUGGUUAUGUUGACCAUGGAGAUGAACGCCUGAUUAUUACGGAGUACGUACCAAAUGGUACACUCAGAGAACAUCUAGAUGGACGAAAGGGAAUGAUAUUGGAUUUCUAUCAGCGACUUGAAAUAUCCAUUGAUGUUGCUCAUGGCCUAACCUAUCUCCAUCUAUAUGCAGAGAAGCAAAUUAUCCACAGAGAUGUUAAGUCCUCCAAUGUUCUUUUGACUGAGAGCAUGAGAGCAAAAAGACCACUCGAUGACAGGGUGACAAUUAAAUGGGCUUUCAGGAUGUAUAAUGAAGGCAAAUUUUUGGAGAUGUUAGACCCUUUGAUGAAGGAAGCAAAUGGACUACUUGAGAAGCGGAAGGAGAGAUUGACAGGUGUGUACAUAAUGUGA